CUUUCGUGAUCAUAUUUUUUGCCGCCCAAGUUGACUGUUCUUUCAGCGUUGCAAACAAAGCCUCAACAAAGCUUCUCUUGAUUUUGUGGGAGGUAAAAGUGAAACCCGCGGUUAAAGGAACCUCCUUUCUUCUUUUCCUACUACAUUUCAUCCAAAUUUGGGAAGCAAUCUCAGUUCUUAUGCCACAAAAUUCUCAAAAGCAAUCUUAUGAUCUUUCAGUGGCCCACUUCCAAGUCUUCUGAAUGACUUCUGAGCUUUGCUGUUGCUUGAACCAUGAUUUGUCUUUUCUCUUCCUUUUUCCAAACAUCAAUCACAAAAUCAGAACACAAAGAUUUCAAGGACUUAAAACCAGAAACAACUACCAAACUCUUGUUCAAACAGGGUUGGUUCAAACCAACAAACACUCUGAAAUCUCCUUCAAGAACUUCCCUCCAAUUUCCCACCUUCCUGAUUCUUCUCUUCUUCUGCUUAAUACUCUCGACUCAAUCCCUUGCUUCAAUUUCUUAUGGAUUUCAAGAGAACCCCUUUUCUUUUUAUCAUCUUCUUCACUUCUCUAACUCACCAAACUCUGUCCUCCCACCAAAAGUUUGAAGCUUGUGCUCCAAAAUCCUGUGGGAAAGGUCCAAAUAUAAGCUACCCUUUCUGGAUAGCUCAUUCACACAGUCCCUUCUGUGGACACCCUAGUUUCGAUAUCGCCUGCAAAGAUGAAAAUCCAAUUAUCAGAAUUUCACAAGACGAUUAUAUAAUCAGAGAUAUCUCCUACCAAAGCCAUUCUUUUCUUGUGGCAAAUGCUGCGGUUUACAAGGUGAACUGCCCAACUCCUCUUCAUAACUUCAGCCUCGACCGAACCCCAUUCAGUUACAGUUCAGAUCAUAUUGGUUUCUUCUUCUUCUACAACUGUACUUCCCUUCCUCCCAAUUAUAGCUACCCAAUUGAUUGUUCGAGCAAAAGAAAACUCCAUUCUUUUGCAGCUUUCCAUGACGGAUUAUUGGAGCUUAUGAACUUCUCUUCCGAUUCCUGUCAAUCCUUGGUCGAGGUGCCCGUACAUAUUAGUAAUGGGGAUGAUGACUUUUCUGGGUUGUUGAGGAAGAGUUACUCUGAUAUCUUGAAGAUGGGUUUAACUUUAGAUUGGAGCACCCAAAACUGCAGCAUCUGUGAGAAUAGUGGGGGCCGAUGUGGAUCCGAAAGCAACAAGUUUGUUUGCUUUUGUCCUGAUGGACCUCAUCUCGAGACCUGCAAAGAGGCAAAAGAUGAUAAAUGGAAGAAGAUCGUCAUAGGUGUUUGCUGUGGUCUUGGAGGCAUAAUAAUAAUGAGUGUAAUCUUUUUCAUCUGGUUCCGUUUGCACAAAAAGAAGCUCGCUCGUGCUCAUGCUCCCUCCUCCUUUCUCCUUCGAAACAAUUCUUCUGAUUCUCCAGCAAAGGAACUUGAGAAAGCAGAAGACUACAUGGGUAUACCUCUGUUCUCUUAUGAUGAGCUUGAAGAAGCCACAGACAAAUUUAAUCCAGCCAAAGAACUUGGAGAUGGUGGCUUUGGCACCGUCUAUUAUGGCAAACUCCGAGAUGGGCGUCAGGUCGCAGUUAAACGGUUGUUUGAAAACAACUACAGAAAAGUUGAGCAUUUCAUGAACGAAGUCGAGACCCUUACACGUUUGCGCCACCAAAAUCUAGUCACCCUUUAUGGAUGCACCUCUAGACGCUGCCGUGAACUUCUGCUGGUAUAUGAAUUCAUUCCGAAUGGCACUGUGGCCGAUCAUCUUCAUGGUAACCGAGCAAAACCCGGUGUGCUUUCAUGGCAUACAAGGUUAAAGAUUGCCAUAGAGACUGCAAGUGCUCUGGCUUAUCUCCAUGCUUCUGAGACCAUCCACCGUGAUGUUAAAACCACCAACAUUCUUCUUGACGACAACUUCUGUGUUAAAGUGGCAGAUUUCGGACUAUCUCGCCUUUUUCCGACGCAAGCAACCCAUGUUUCAACUGCUCCACAAGGAACUCCAGGCUAUGUCGAUCCAGAGUAUCACGAAUGUUAUCAACUUACAAGUAAAAGCGACGUCUUUAGCUUUGGAGUUGUAUUGGUUGAACUGAUAUCUUCAAAGCCUGCAGUUGACAUUACAAGGCACAGGCAUGAGAUUAACUUGUGGACAAUGGCAAUCAACAAGAUCCGAAACGACGAAUUACAUGACUUCAUUGACCCGUCUCUUGGAUUUGAAACAGAUCAGAGAGUGAAAGACAUGAUUUGUGCAGUUGCAGAGUUGGCAUUUCGAUGUCUGCAAAGUGUGAAGGACACGAGGCCAUCGAUGUUGGAGGCUCUGGAGAUUCUGAAGGAUAUAGACAAUCGGAGUAGUGGCAAAGGAAAGGCAGAAGAAAUAGACAUUUCAGGAGAAGAUGAUGUGCUGCUGAAGGGUGGUUCAGAGCCACAAUCUCCAGAUUCUGUUGUUGUGCCUUGGAUAAGUAAAUCUUCAAGGCCAAAUGACAGUGGCUAGUUUUUUGCUUGUGGUUUCAUGGUAAAAUAGAUGUUAAAGCUUUGUUAGCACUCGUCCCUUUUUAUUUUUCCACCAAUUUUUAUCAACUUUCUAAAACUUAGAUGUACAUAUUUCGAGAUCGAAUGUAAAGCUCGUGUUGUCAUUCUCCA